UCUCCAUCCAGCAGAUGAUUCCAGUGGAGACUCUUUCCUUUUGACUUUGAUCGAUUGAGUCAUCUGCGCAAAAGAGACAAAGGAGACAAAAGGAACAAAUCGGUCACCUGCUCUGAUAUCUUUCUCUCGUCAUUUUCUCCUCCACUUUCUACUGCUUCUCUUCCUCUUCUACUAUCCCUUUGCUAUACUUCUUUUGAUCAUUCUUCCACCAUCUCCCCUCCAAUGGCGUAAUGAACUCCUCAGACAAUGCCACCAUCCGGUUUCUUCCAAUUCUUUAAGCGCAAGAAGAAAUGACCCGCCAUCCUCCUCCCACCCCAGUGCGAUAUACAAUUGACCCAUGGAUUCACUCUCCCUCACCUCCGCGCAGGUCCAGUUUAUGGACGACAGAUUGGCCCUCGUCCAUAUCCCCUUGGACCUCUAUCCCUACUUCCUUCAGCCCAUCUUGCAGGUGCUCUUUCACGAUGUCUCCCCUAUCCAGGAUGACUCGUCCCACCCCCCCAAGGCCCUCCAGUCGGCCUUUCUGAAUCUGUCCAUCACUCCCGUCGAGUGCUCCGUCAUGUGUCCUAGACAGCUGGCGGACCUCUACUUUGCUCCCUUGAUCCACCGCUUCGCUGGCACGGCAUCUUCGGGCCGUUUGGCGAUCAGCCAGGAUGACUUUGUUGCCAUGCAGGUGUAUGGGGAAGGGCUUAAGGCUGGACAGCGCGUGCUUGAGUUGACGAGUCCGUUGGCGAUGGCGGGAAUCUCCAUCUUCUUCAUCUCUACCUACUUCUCCGACUACAUCAUCGUUCCCCUCCGCAGCAAGCAACGGGUCAUCGACGCCCUGGGCAACCGCGGGUUCCAGUUCGAGAUGGAUACCGAAGCCUUUGUCAAUAUCGGCCAAGGCUCAUACAGCAGCCUCAGCCCUAUCUCCCCCCGCUCGCCCCCAGCCACUCCACCCCCAUCAUCCCUCAGCGAGCUCCAAACCCGGACCUUCGCCUCCUUGCGCAAGAACGCCAUCGUCCCGUUCGUCGACCGCUCCCUCCGUCUAGUGCACUGCGCCGCCCACCACCACUACUCCUCCGACGCCAGCUCCAUCUCCAUCCUACGCGAGGCCCUCACCGCUGCCCUAGUCGUCGACCAACCCCGAUUCCUCUCCCUGACCCUCACGGCCGCCGACCCCGCCGCCUCGCUCCUCCUCGAGAAGCGACUCCUCCCGCGCUUCGCCUCGUCCGACCCCGACGACGACUCCAGCCUCCUCCUCGGCGCCAAGGAGGACAUCCUCGUCCCCGUCAUGCUGGACCUGCGCAAGCUGCCCCUCGAAGCCACCGGCAUUGUGUGCGGCGUCGCCAGCCGCCUCGCCGACGCCACGCACGCCGCGGACUACCCCAGCGCAGUCCCCACUGACUCCCCGGUCGACGCGCCCGGCUUUUCCUUCCCUGGUGGUGGUCACUCAAUGCACCGCCUCCAGCCGGACCUCGACGCGUCCCUGGACGCCGUGGAGAUCAGUUUCCUGAGCACAGCCCGCGCUGGCACCAUCCUCGUCGGUGAGCACGAGCUCAACCGCGCUAUGGACGCGCUCGACACUGAGAACCACACGUCAUCGGACGAUCUUCAACCUAGUUCACCAUCUUACGAUAUAUGAGUGCAUAUAUAGCCUUACCCCCUUCCCUCUCUAUCAAGGGGGUAUGAGGCACUCUCUUGAAAUCUGACGUGACAUGACGUGACAUGACGACACAGCGGUUUCCGCUUGGCUUGGAAAAGUUUGUUUUAUUUACUUCAAUUACCACCUUUUUGGGAUUAAAAAGUCAAUUUGCCUGUAAUUAUAUAACUUGAUGACCGGGGGUACAUGGGAAUUUGGCUCGUGUGCUUGAGACCGUGCUAUCUAUUUUCUCUUUUGAUACUAUCACUAAAUUGGACUGAUGUGAACUUAAUAUAAUUGGUUUUAAGUUUUA